CGUUUGCCUUUUCAGUGAACAGUUAUAACAGAAGAUCACUUAUUAAACGGCAACAUUACACUGCAUUAUUUAAAAUUCAUUUUUAACAACUCUUGUUUCUUAUUCCUGCCAUGUUUUAUUGAAUAAGUUAUCAACAUCUAAGGGCUGUCUAUUAAAUACAUUUUUAGAUUACUAAUACUAAAAGCAGUAACAAAGUAGAACAAAUAAUUGAGUAUGGCUUUAUUUAAUCUUAGUGGACUAUUCAGGGGUUUUUACUAUUAGUUGACUAUUGACUAAGAGGGAAACCCUUACAAAAAAUGAGUCAAAAAUAGUAAUAAAAAACAUAUUUUGUGGCUUUUUUCACCUUUUAAAACAUACAUUUGUAUCUGUAGGUAGUAACAGCUUUUUACCAGGAAAUAGUAUUUAAUCUUCACCGUGAGCAGAAACCCUCCUCUUUCUCGUUUCCUGCGUUUGUCUUUCUCCUCCCACUCCGCCCCUUAUGCAAUAUAACCAAUGACAUCACCACUACAAUGGAGGGCUGUGAUUGGCUGCUGGGGUGGAAUAUCCGCCCCUUUUGUAGGCCCCUCCCCUCGGGACUCUCCCUCCGUCUGAAGGUGUCUCAGUGAGAGACGCCGCGCUGCUGCAGGAGGACAAACCUUUCAUUCUCCCUCCAUCUCCCCUGCUCCACCUCCCCCUCAUUGUGCUGCUUCUUCAGACGCGUGUGUGUGUGUAUAUAUAUGUGUGUGUGAGCGGAGGAUGGGUGGACUCCUGCACGAGGGGAAGGUGUGAUAUGUGAAGACGUUGACAGAUGGAUAAAUGGAGAGAAAACAGAAGCAUGAUGCUGAUUCAGCGCUUUGUGCCCUGGUGAAACAUUGGGAGGCAGAGAGGGACUCAGACCUCUGUCACUGACCAACAGGAAGAGGAGAAGUCUCUGUUGGGACUACAGAUCUGGAAUCAUUCCUCUACAAUAAUAGAAGCUGUUGCAUUUUAAAACUCAGGUUCACUCAUCUGGAAACUUGAAAACUGGAACUCUCUGGACUCGUCUUACUCCGGUUGAAACUCGAGCUCCACCCUGCUGCAGGAAAGCAGAAACUCUCCCCCUUAAAAAGACAAUUGAAUUCAACUGGAAACUCUUACAUUUCUCUGCUGAGCGUCUCCUCGAUGCCUCUGUGGACGCGUCUCUUCUAGAUCUUUCAUCAUGGAGCUCCAGAGCGCCACCACCAGCCUCCCCGGCCCCCUUUCCCCCACUUUGGACUACCCCUUGUCCCCCUCGUCAGGAGACCCCCGCCCCAGCAGCCCUCUGAGGGGUCUGAGCCCCAGCCUCAGCCCCGGGUUCUCCUCCACCGCUGCCUUCAACUACAACCAGCUGGAGGGCCGCUUCAAACAGCUGCAAGAUGAGCGUGAGGCGGUGCAGAAGAAGACCUUCACUAAGUGGGUGAACUCCCACCUGUCCAGGGUCUCCUGCAGGAUCACAGACCUGUACAUGGACCUGAGGGACGGGCGCUCGCUCAUCAAGCUGCUGGAGGUCCUGUCCGGAGAGAGGCUG